CAUGACAGAGUGAAACCCGGAAGCUAUAGCCACAGCUGCGGCAGGUAGGCUCUUGCCUCCUAUGUGUCCAGGUAGUGAAAUGAAAACAAGCAGAAGUGAAACUUGAGAUGCCAUCGCGACAACAUUUUGAGGACUAAAUCCGCCUAAAUCAAACCACUGUGCCGGUAAACGCUGUUUUCUGGCUUCGACGUUAAGUGGACUAUGCACUACCACAGCUACAUCUGUGUUUUCCUGUUGGGUUUGUAUUCUUGGGGAUGUCUCCCAUGUGUCUCUGCCUGCAAACAUGAGCCAGAGACUCCAGACUGGAGGAUGACUUUGAAAACUAUCCGUAACGGAAUACACAAGAUUGACACGUACCUGAAUGCAGCACUGGAUUUGUUUGGUGGCGAUGACGGACUUUGUCAUUAUAGGUGCAGUGAUGGUUACAAGCCGGUGCCUCGUCCCGGGUACAAGCAACCACCACCCAACGGAUGUGGCUCCCCGCUGUUUGGAUUUCAGUUUGACAUAGGCAUCCCGUCCAUGACCAAGUGUUGUAACCAACAUGACCGCUGCUAUGAUACCUGCGGCCGUGAGAAACACGACUGCGAUGAGCAGUUCCAGGAUUGUCUUGAGACCAUCUGCAGGAAUGUGCAAAGGACUCUGGGAUUGGCCCAGAGUGUCCAAGCUUGUGAGUCAGCAGUGACUCUGCUGUUUGACGCUGUUAUGCACUUGGGAUGUAAACCAUACUUGGACAGCCAGAGAGAUUCUUGUGUGUGUCAGUAUGAAGUGAAGAGGGAACUGUGACGAUCAAGAUUGUGGAACGGACUGAUUCAAAAAGCACAACACUGACAGAAGGAUGCCAGCAAUAAACUUUUCUUUUAGACUUGUAGAUUUUCUCAGGGACAGAGCCUCUUUGCCCUGCACUGACUUGUGUCCGUUGCCUCCCUUUAUUGGAGUUUUGAAAUUAUUAGAAAAAAUAGUGAAAAUAGUUUUUAGAGUGGACAAUUAAUAUAUUUUCUAUGCAGUUAAUUAUUUAUAUUUUGUUAAUACUAUGUAAUGUGUUUGUCCUGUGAUGGACUGGAAACGGUUUUCAGGGUUUCCCUUGUUUUUGGAUGCUUGGGUAGCACCCAUUACUUUAUUUAUAGGUUUUUAAAUUCCUAAUAAUGUCUUAAGACGUUUCAUGAAAAAAAAGGAAUUUGGCACUGAUUAUAGGUAAAAGAGAGUGUUUAUUUUGUACUCUUAAAUUGAUUAAAUCAAAUGAAAUGCUAAACUAGCUAAACCAGGAGUUGCUUUUAUUUUGUUAGGUUAGCCAAAAAUGUGAGAUUUGUCCACAGGCAAACAAAUCAUAAUGUUUCUAAUAAUAAAUGAAUGAUGAGUAGCUA